AUGAAGUACCUCCAGUUCCUCGCUGCAGUCGCAGCUGUCUCUGCCUUCUCCGGCCCUGUCCUUGCUGGCUCGGUCGUUGACAACACAAACCAGGUUGUUCCCGUCCAGCUCACUGGCGCUCUCCUCUCGGAGGUCGCCAACGGCCAACACGCCGAGCGCGCCAUGAACGUGGACAACAGCGCCCAGUUCGUUCCUGUUCAGGGCACCAUUGCCGCCCUUUCUUCUGUCCUCAACUCGCAGAAGGCUACCAAGCGUGGAAACAACGUUGUCGACAACACCAACCAAGUCCUUCCUAUCGAGGCAACCAUCGCUGCUCUCUCGCAGGUGCUCAACGAGCAGAAGGCUUCCAAGCGUGACAACGUUGUCAAGAACGACAACCAGAUCAUCCCCAUCGAGGCCACGCUCGCCGCUCUCUCUGCCGUCGCCAACGCCCAGAAGUCGGCCCGCUCUAUCAAGGUCGACAACAGCGCCCAGUUUGUGCCCGUUGAGGCCACUCUCGCUGCUUUCUCCCAGGUCUUGAACGGACAGAAGGCUACCAAGCGCUGGGAGUCGGAGGGUCACAAAAUUGACAACACCAACCAGGUCCUCCCUAUCCAGGCUACCCUGGCUGCCUUCUCGCAGGUGCUCAACUCGCAGAAGGCCGAGCGCUCGAUCGACGUCCACAACAGCGCCCAGUUCCUCCCCAUCGAGGCUACCAUCGCCGCUCUCUCCUCUGUCGCCAACGGUCAAGCGGCCGAGAAGCGCAAGGCUCCCGAAUUUGGCAACACUGUCGAGAACACCAACCAGGUGCUUCCCAUCCAGGCCACCGCCGCUCUCCUCUCUGAGGUCGCCAACCUCCAGUCGGCUCACUCCAAGCGCAAGGCUCCCGAAUUUGGCAACACUGUCGACAACACCAACCAGGUGCUGCCUAUCCAGGCCACAGCUGCCCUUCUCUCGCAGGUCGCCAACCUCCAGUCGGCUCACUCCAAGCGCAAGGCUCCCGAGUUCGAUCACAGCGUCGACAACACCAACCAGGUGCUUCCUAUCCAGGCCACGGCUGCCCUUCUCUCGCAGGUCGGCAACGAACAGUCGGCUUCCAAGCGCAAGGCUCCUGAUUUCCACUCGAUCAAGAACACCAACCAGGUUGUUCCUAUCCAGGCUACCGCCGCCGCCUUCUCGGAUGUGAUCAACAAGCAGAUUGCUUCGCGCUCGACCGACAUCGACAACAGUGCCCAGUUCGUUCCCAUCGAGGGCACGAUUGCUGCCCUCUCUGCCGUUGCCAACGGACAGGCCGCCACCAAGCGUGGCAACAACGUUGUCGACAACACUAACCAGGUCAUCCCUGUCCAGGGAACCAUCGCGGCUCUGUCGCAGGUGCUCAACUCGCAGAAGGCUGAGCGCUCGACCGACAUUGACAACAGCUCCCAGUUCGUUCCCAUCGAGGCCACCAUUGCUGCCCUCUCGCAGGUGGCCAACGGUCAGCACGCCGCCAAGCGUGGUGACGAUGUUGACAACGACAACCAGGUGGUCCCUGUGCAGGCUGUCGCUGCUGCUCUUUCGCAGGUGACGGGCGCACAAAAGACUCGACGAGGUGAGACCACAGAGAUUCAUCAUGUCAACCAAGUAGCACCUGCUCAAGCCACCCUCUCCGCACUCUCCGAUAUUGUCAACAGCGCGCACGCCCGCCGAGCGAUGGAUGUAAAGCAGUACGAGUCGCUGCAGUACGCCAUUGACGCUUUGCAACAGGCUUUGGACAAGACCAACACCGGCGACAAGACCCACCACGUGGAUGCCUUGACCGGUACCGCCGAACACAUCACCCCCAAGCGAGACAACAACCUUGACCCCUCUGCGUUCCUCGACCAGGCUGCCAGUGGCGUCUCUGUGCCCGUCGGCAACAAGGACCUGCUCAAGAGCCUCGUCAAGCGAUACGCCGAGGAGGAGGACGCUGCCAUGGCCAAGCGCACGCCCUCUGUCAGCGGUCGUGGCCAGCGACCUCGCCCACGUGGGUCUACGGAGUCCAACAACAACGGUCAGUGCUCCGUCGGCAAAGCCCAAUGCUGUACGCAGGUGAUCACGGACGAGAGCAAGAAGAAGACGCUCGCCGGCCUCCUUGGAUUCAACAACGUCGUUGGUGACUUCGGUCUCAACUGCCAGCAGAUUCCCGUACUCGGAGUCUCGCUGCAGAGCAUCUGCAAGUCGACGCCAGUUUGCUGUACAAAUGUCAGCCAGGAUGGUCUUGUCAACAUUGGAUGCACUUCGAUCCCAAUCAACUAA